AUGUCUAAUUCUACUGUUACCAAUUUGAACAUCACACAGACUAUAUCACCAAUGGAUCGAGAUCUGAAAACCAUUUUGUCUGUGUCCUCGUGUGUCAUUUUCCUCUAUGUCAAUGGAGUCAUGAUCUUCACCUUGAGGAAAAAAACUGUUUUCCAGGAGACGUCUCGCUAUAUUCUGUUCGGUCACAUGCUUUGGGUCGACACGCUUAAUCUUGUAAUGAGCGUAGUGUUAUUUGCUUGUGCUGUUUUUAGGCCUUUUGUUAUGAAAAUUGUCUGUCUUAUACUUCUUGUUGCUGCGACAGCUCUCUAUCAGGUAUCUACCUUGAAUCUGGCUUUAAUGUCAUUGGAGAGAUAUGUGGCCAUCUGCUUCCCUCUCAGACAUGCAGAAAUCACCACUUAUGGAAGAACCAACAUGGCUAUCAGUGUAAUCUGGAUGAUAAGCUGGAUUCAAUCCCUGUCUGAGAUUGUUAUCUUCUAUUCCAUUGAUACUACCAACAUAGCGGUGAAUUUGUUCUGCUCUAGAACUACUCUUUUCAGACUGCAGAUUUAUAAGAAUCUUGAUGUAGCUUUCACAUGCGUAUAUUUUGUGUCUGUGUGUUUUAUUAUCAUCUUUACUUAUGCUUCUAUAGCAGCUGUGGCUAAAACUGCCUCUGGUGAUAAAGCAUCCGCCAAAAAAGCCACCAAGACUGUCCUUCUGCAUCUAAUACAGCUGGGUCUAUGUGCUGCAUCUAUUUUAGUGGGAGUAAUUCAAGAAGUCAUUUAUGUUUUUACCAGCUAUGCCACUACGAUUAGUCUUAUGUUUUUCUUCUUUGUUGUGUUUAUGAUUUUUCCAAGAUGUCUAAGUCCUCUUAUUUAUGGUCUGAGAGACCAGGCCUUCAGCAGUUUAUUUAAAUACUAUUUCGCAUUUGGUCUCAAAAAGCCAAGCAAAUGUAAUGCACAGAUGCAUUUAGGUGGAGGCAGCUGA